UCAACAGAGGUAAAUAAAAAAACAGAGAUAAUGGUUAUUACCUGUCGCAAAUGAUAAACAUCCUCACUCGUUAUGUCACUCUUUUUUGACCUCAUUAUUCACAGCUAGCUCUUUGCAAUAAUUUUCGAGAAGAACAUUCUACAACUAUAGUGAAAUAGUAUUAAGAUCACAGAGAAGAACAUGGCUCAACAGAAUGAGGGGUGGCCACUGGGUUUACAGCCACUGCAUGCAAGGAUGGAGAUUGUUAGUAAUGGGAACAACUCUGGAUCAAUGUCAUUUAACACCUUGCUUAGUGGUUCUUCUUCUUCUACAAAUUCUUCAUCUGAUUUAGACACACAGUCCGCGGGGUCAUUUUUCCUAGACAAAAGUACCACACUUGGGAGCCUAAUGGGAGUCAAUAGCAUUGUAGAGCUAUCUAGAAGAUCAAUAAGAGGAACCAAAACAGAAAUGUUCAAAAGCAAGAAAGAUCAUAACAAGUUCAAAUUCAGCUCAUGCUUACUCUGUCUAUGCUCAAGCAGAACUAGAGAAGCUGAAGUUGCUCAUAAUCAGAAAAGUAAUCCUCCAUCUCUUGGUCAAUUUCUUGCCGUUGAAAGAAGAGUUGCUAAUGGAAAUAGAAAAAGCCACAGAAACAAUCAUAUUUUUGGUCCUCAUGAUGCGUUGAAUGAAAUCAAUAAUGCAGAGUCAAAUUCACUAUUUGUGAAUGGCACAAUUGCUCCUCCACUGUCGCAGAGGGGUGAAACAGAAAGAGAAAACAUGGAAUUGGAGCAACAGAAAAAUGAGUUUGGUUCAUUUGGAGAGUUGUUUUCAUGCAUGUUUAGGCAAAAUAUAUAUCAUGUAUGAAUGGUUAGAACUUAUGUGGGGACAAAUUUGUGCUCAAAAUAUCAUGUUUAGUAGUAUUAAUUAUGGGUUAUUUAGAAAGCUAAGCAAGCAGCAAAGAUAUAUAUUAAUUUCAACUUUUUU